AUGGCUGACCUCUAUCGGAUUGAGCAAGGGGAAAAUGAACAUCCGAAGGCGUAUUUACAGCGUUUCAUCGACCUCGUGCAUCAAAUCCAUGAUGUCGAUCCGAUUACCGCAGCCAACCUCUUCGUCAAAAGCUUGCAGGUGGGGUCUCUUUUACAUGAAAAUCUCACCAUGACACCACCCUAUGACAUGGCAGAGGUUCAGACCCGAGUCGAGGGCGUCUUUAGGGUCUUGGAAUUCCGAGAACGUGAACAGAAGAAAUUUUCACUCAUCUCCGCUCCACCAACAAAUAACCCUCCUCCACCUGCUAGAGAAGACAAGAGGAAGCGGAACCAGACAGAUCACGCGAAGGAAGGGAAGAGGCCAAGACAGGACCGACAGUCACCACAAUACCCUUCCUUUGAAUACACCGUCCCGCAAGAAGUCAUUUAUGAAGAAAAUAAAGAAAGACCUAUCUGGCGAGAGCCGUAUAAGAUUACCACUCCUCCUGACAGGAGGGAUAAAAUCAGGUACUGCCUCUUCCAUAAAGAUCACGGUCAUACGAUCGCUGAAUGCCAUAACCUGAACAAUCAGAUCCAAGCUCUCAUGAGAAGUGGGAGGCUUACCCAAUACAUUAAGGAGGCAGGCAGACCCGGCGCCUCGCGGCAUAAUUCAACUUCUGCCCCAACACCGCAAGGGUCAGAUCCCGUGCACACAGCCUCUGCUAGCCCUCAAGAACCCCUUAAGAAAGUCCCUAUGAUACAUGGGAUCGUGGAACUCACUGAGAACCAAGAGCAUGUCACCAAAAUCCAUAAGAGGAUGGAGGAAUGGGUAAAGCGAUACAAAUCAUUAGGCCACACGGUCAAUCUUGUCACUUUAGAGGACAGAAGUUAUCCAGCCUCUGCAAUCGCCUUUACCGACGAUGACCUAAAAGGAGUGCACCUACCCCAUGACGACCCACUUGUCAUUUCACUACAGGUCGACCAUUGCUAG